AUGACCCACAAAAAACAGGAAAGAUUUCAUCGUGAAAGGAGCAUCAGCCCAGCUUCCACUCUGACUGCAAUUGAAGCAAAGUUGGCAAAUUUGUUUCAAUCUGAUUUCCUUUCACUCUUGGCCACGUUCCAAAAAAUUGACAGGUUGGAGAGAGAGGUCAUUAGUCAGCAGGAGUUUCAAGCAGCAGUUGAGAGCCGGUUUGGCGUGGAGAUUACUGAUGAAGAGUUUGAGCUGCUACUUGACAGAAUCCCCCUUGAUGAAGAUGGAAAUGUCAGAUACCCCCAGUUCAUGGCCAUGUUUGAUUCUCGCAGAGGGUUGCCUAGUCUCUUUGACGAGAAAUCUGUUACAAAUUCUAUGUGUGAGCCUAACGAAGACAAAGAUGGGCAGAAACAGAAAGAAAAUAUCCCUAACCAGAAAGUGAAAUACACCUGUGGAAGAACUCCAAGGCAGCUGUUCAAGAUUAUUAAGAGCUUGCUAAAUAAACGCUACCAAGCAAUAGAGAAAGAGUUUGAAGAGUUAGAUGAAAUGAACUCCCGGCGCCUCACUCAGGAGACUAUGUACCUUCUCUUGAAGCGGUUUGACAUCCAACCUGAAAUAACUCGAGGUGAAAUCCGCAGGCUGUGGGAAACUUUAAUUACAAAUCAGGACAAUACCCUUGACUUCAUGGAGUUCGUGAGACACUUUGGAUACUCCCCCAGCUCUUCGUGUUUCCCCAAUGCAAAGAUUAGUCCACCCAGAAAAGGGGACAAUAACUUCAGGCUGUGUUCUAAAAAGCUCAGCUGUGAUUCUGACAUACUGGUGGACAGGGUGCGAGCAAAAAACGAACAGUUUCAGGAUCUUGCAAAGUUGAUGGUUAUUGGAGGAACAUUCCUAGCAUCAAGUGCAAACUGUGAGCGUAGCUUUAGCUUAAUGAACACUCUAAAAAACAAACUAUGGAAUCGUUUACAAGUAGAUCAUUUGGACAUGCUGAUGGUUUCAUACCUGGAGUUUCUGAAGCCCUUUGCUUUAAGUAGACAAAGAUGGAAGAAUGGGAAUAACAUGGCUGCUGCAAUGCAGGCAUCUCAGGGUGAGAUAGACCAAUCCCACAUGGGAACGCAGACUGCAGAGCUGGGUGGUCUGACAACCAGACUACGAAAAAAGUUACGAGGGGACUGGAAGACCCUUCGAAGAGCCUUUAAGAAGCUGGAUAUUGACAGCAGUGGCUACCUCUCUUUGCCAGAAUUCAGAUCUGUCCUGAAGCUCUGUAACCUUCUGCUAGAUGAGGAUGAGGUUUACCACAUUCUGUCUAAGUUUGAUCCCAACCUGGAUGGGCAAAUUGAUUACAAGUCCUUUUUGGAAGAAACUUGCAAAAAAGGGCAACCACGUACAGCCAAAAAAUCUCCUGCAAACCCACAAUAAAAUAAUGUAGAAUAUUCUUGUGAGUAGAAGAGGAAGAAUGGUGUCUGCAUGCUCCCAGCUGCUUAUCCUUCCAGCUAAGUCAUUUGCUUCUUUUUGGAGUGUGGAUCUCUGCUUUGUGUCUUUUGGCUACUCAUGAGUUGCCCACUGUAUUACCAGUUGUUUUGUAGGGGGAUAAUAAAAACUGAGAGAGCAGAGAGUGAAGCUGAGUAUUAAACGAAUACUGUACUCUAUUUAAAAUGUGAUUCAAGCUGUUACUAAGGAAACUAAUAUUCUGAAAAGCAGAGGCAAGGAUGCAGUUUAGAGAGAUGCUAAUUUUUAAGAAAAUAAAACUUUCAGUGAAGGUAACAGGUGGAUUUUUGCUGUUUAGGAUGCAAUGACAAUGAGUCCCUUUGAUUUCACUGGGAGUUGGAUCAGGUCCUUUGUAUGUGUUAGCCAGAAUUUGGCCCUUAAUAUAAACAUACAUUUUCAUGCUUAGUUAUCUUUUCUUUUUUCUUACAAAUGUAUUUUCUCCAUAGAGUACAACAGGCAGAGGGCCCAAUUCUGCAGCAGCUCUGCACAUGACUUCACUGAACAUUCCAUGCUCAAAGCAGUUGUAUGUUUAGACCCAUGUUAGUUAUCUGUUUAUUUUUGUAGUACAAAUACAUUUUCAUAAACAUGUAAGUGCAUAGUUGGUUUGGUUA